UAGAAAGUUGUGUUGCUAUCACUGUUUGCUCUUAAUAUAAAAGACUCAAGGUGUUAUUAUCAAACCUACAUGGCGCUGUGAACAACCCGCUACAUAAAUAGCGUUGAAAGAACCGAAAUAAAAUCAGGAUCAGCAGAUAUGGCAUAUACAUUUCGUACCAGUGACCUACCGAAACUGGACCUCGAUACAGAUAAAGGGACAGACUUCCUUGCCUGGCAACAACAGUGGCUUGCCUAUAGAGAACUAUCUGGCCUUGGCAACGAGUCAGCGGCAAAACAGGUACAAGCACUCAAACUUUGUUUCUCAAGAGAAACUCUCACUGUGGUAGACAAUCUAGGACUAACUGAUGCCCAGAAGAAUGACCAAGCACUGAUAAUUGCAGCAAUGAAGCAACAUGUCGAAGGGCAGAUCAAUGAAACAAUCGAGAGAAGAAACCUAUACGACAGCGACAUCAACUCACUGGCGAAACCUUCGAUGACUUCCUAGUGUCACUACGUGACCUUGCAAAAACUUGUAACUUUUGUAACAACGAAUGCCUCAAACGAGCAAUCAGAGACCAAAUUAUCGAAGGUCUACAAGAUGGCGACACUUAUACAAGAACUCCUACGAGCUAGUGACCUCACGCUAGAUCAAGCUGUAACAAAGUGUCGUGGUAUGGAAGCAGUAAAGAAGUCCCGCUCACAGAUCCAGGGUGCAACCGAACUUUGCGCACUACAAACACGACAAACACGACAUCAACCUGCCACCCCGGCCAGUACAUGCCAUUGGUGUGGUAAAAAUCAACACGAUGGAGGCAGAAAGAAUUGCCCAGCCCAGGGACAAACUUGCCGCAACUGUGGCAAAGUUGGCCACUUCAGUACGGUUUGCAGACAGCCACAUCCUUCUGGAAAAAAACCAGCCAUAUCUCCGAGGGCCAACACACUGCGCACUUCGGAACUCCCAUUCCUGCAACUAUCCAACGCAAACGCUGAAUCCAUCACACCAGCCCCGACGAUUCGAAUGAAAGUGACUACCUGCCAUGGAGAAACUUACACUAGUGUCCUUCCUGACUCGGGAGCAGACAUUUGCGCAGCAGGGCCAGACUUAGUACAUGCCCUCAACGAGGACAUGGAUAAUCUGGCAGAUUCCAACGUCACACCAAAAGCAGUCAACGGCUCACUAUUACAUCCAGCAGGAAAGCUACCCGGAGUCCAAUUCCAGAUCAACGGCCAGGACACCGAAGCAGACAUUCACAUCUAUCAAUCAGUCUCAGGCACCAUCAUAUUAUGGGCCACAGCACAGAAACUCGGCAUCCUACCUAACUGUUACCCUAACCCGAUGCCCUCUGUCCAAACGAUCGAAUCUACGACAAUCGAAUCUACUGAAACAAUCGGAUCCACGAAGGUCGAAACAAUCGAAUCCACGAAAGUCGAAACAAUUGAACCUACGAAUGUUCCAUCUAUGCUACCCACAGCGGAACAAUUCAUGUUGGAAUUUUCACCCGUCUUCAACGAACAAAUUCGUACCAUGCCAGAAGAACAGUUCCAUAUCUCCAUCACUGACGAUGCUAAACCGUUCUGCGUGAGCACACCACGCACCAUCCCACUGGCAUACAGAGAGAAACUGAAAGCUGAGAUCGACUUGCUCGUCGAUCAAAAAAUCAUAGCUCCGACUGGUGCGCACCCAUUGUUGUGGCACCAAAGAAGAACUCCGACAAAAUACGCAUGUGCGUAGACCUAUCGAAACGAGAGCGGUAUCCCUCCACAACACUAGCAGAAGCUAUCGCUGACAUAACACAGACCCAGGCUAAGCUCUUUACCAUCUUAGAUGCACUCAAGGGAUAUCAUCAGUGCCCACUUGAUGAGGAGAGCCAAAACCUCACCACCUUCAUCACACCAUUCGGGCGCUUUAAGUACCUGCGAGCCCCCUAUGGGAUUUUGUCCAUCAGUGAACACUAUAACUGACGCAUGGAUGAAGCACUAGCAGGCAUGCAAAACUUCCGCAAAAUUGUUGACGACGUUAUCAUCUUCGACAGUAAUCAGCAAGAACACAUCGUUCGUGUACGGGAGUUACUUCAUCGCUGCCAAGAAAAAGGCAUCUCCCUCAAUCGAGAAAAAUUCAAGUUCUGCCAAACGACAGCAUUGUUCGCAGGGUUCAUCCUAACACCUGACGGAUACACCAUCAGCGACGACAUUACCAAUGCUAUUUCUCGUUUCCCGACACCAAGCAGUCGAACAGACCUACGGUCCUUCUUUGGUCUCGUGAACCAGUUGGCAGCCAGCACGAGCAACAUAGCGGAAGUACUAGCACCACUCCGUCCUCUACUGAGCGCUCGCAACGAUUUCCUGUGGACACCCGAUCACGACCAAGCAUUUCAACAUGCCAAGGAGAUGUUAGUAACAGCACCCACCCUUGCCUACUUUGAGAUCAAAAGAAAGAAACACACCUGUACACAGAUGCGAGCACUCUUGGGAUCGGCUUUGUACUCAUGCAGAAACAGAUGGCUCUGACGGGGAAUGGAAAACAGUACAGGCGGGAUCUCGCUUCCUCACCAACACCGAAAGUAGGUACGCUGUCAUCGAACUCGAAUGCCUCGCAAUCGCUUGGGCAACCAAAAAAUGCCAUGUUUUCCUCUCUGGACGUGACCACUUCACAGUCAUUACAGACCACAACCCAUUGGUCCCCAUCCUCAACAGCCAUCGCCUAGACGAAAUCGAAAACCCUCGUCUACAACGUCUUCGAACUCGCCUAAUGGCCUACAAUUUCACAACUCGUUGGUUGAAAGGUGCCCAAAAUUUUGCAGCAGAUGCCCUGUCCCGCCACCCAUGUCACAAGCCAGACACAGGAGACGACCUCGCAGAGCAUGACCUCCACUUUGAAGAAGCCCCAUCUCUAUCACAGAUUAGAGCAUCUAACGAAGACCCUUGGGAGUCAGAAAAUUUACACCUUCAGGAGCUGCGAAGACACGCAAACGACGACCCAGAGUAUCAAGGCCUCAAAAAUCAUUCAAACAGGUUUCCCGAACAAAAGAAACCUCCUGCCAAAAUCAAUGGAAAAAUGUUGGGCAAUUAAACACCACCUCAGCAUUGACGAUGACCUUAUAGUCUAUGGAUGCCGUCUCUUCGUACCGAUCAGCCUUUGUACAACGAUGCUCAGCCGUCUACAUGAAGCCCACCAGGGUAUAGCACGCUCACAGGCACGGGCCCGUCUGACGAUCUAUUGGCCCAACAUUGACCAGGACAUCAAACACUUUGUCGAUGGAUGCCGUCACUGCCAAGAUCGCUUACCACCCCAUGCCAAAGAACCCCUGAUCGCGAAACCAACCCCAGACAGACCGUUUUUCAGCAACUGGCAGUGGACUUUGCAUCAUAUGGGGGCGACCAGUUCCUCAUCAUGGUAGAUUGUAAAACAGACUGGCCUGACGUCAUCGAGAUGAAGAAAGACACCACUACACAAAAGCUCAUUGGCGCUCUCAGAAACCAAUUCUGUCGAACAGCCAUACCGGACGUCAUAUGGUCCGAUGAAGGACCGCAAUUCACAUCAUCCAAACUAGCAGCAUUCCUCAAGGAUUGGGGGAUGUCACACAAGACAUCAUCCCCUCGCUACCCCCAAAGCAAUGGCAAAGCAGAAGCAACCGUUAAGUCGAUGAAAAAGCUAAUCUCUGCUGCAUGGGCAGGACGCUCCAUCAACGUGCUAUCUCGAUCACUUUUGCAGUACAGGAACACCCCUUCACGAAAGGAUGGACUCUCCCCGGCCCAGAAACUACUAGGUCAACCAGUACAAGACCACCUCCCAGCUCACCGAAGAUCAUUCGCACCAGAAUGGCAACAAUCAAGCGAUCCCGAGCACACCGACGUUGGGCCGCAAGACCAGCUAUAUUAUAAUCAGCACGCCAAGGAACUGACAGAGAUUCCGAUCGGAAACCGAGUGGCGAUACAAAACCCAGCUACCAAGAUGUGGGACAUCUAUAAGGCCAGGUGAGCCACACUAGUACAUCAGCUGUGUGUGUGUGUGGGUGUGGAGGCACAGUUGUUGCCCUAGGACACCACAGGCGGUACUUCGUAAAGACACAAAGUGGUCGGGUUCUCGUACGGAACAGGCGAUUUCUACGCAAGAAAAUCCUAGCCUCAGUGUUUGGAGGAACUUCUGACCCUCCACCAACUCCUUCCCCACUGCUGCAAGCUCCUUCCCCAUCGCUGCAAGCCCCUCGCCCGAUACAAGCUCGUCGCUCCACACGAUCGAAGCAGGCCCCCUCCUACCUUCACUCUGACCCUGUAUGGUUGUCAAGCUCCUCCGUCAGUACACUCACUGAGGAGCUUGCAGGGGAGGUGUAAGGACACGGACUCCUGGACUAUUGAACUAUGCAUGACAUCAUUAGAGAUCAUGUGAUAAACUAGUGCUCUUAUCUAGAAAGUUGUGUUGCUAUCGAGUUGCUAUAUUCUAUGCUAUCACUGUUUGCUCUUAAUAUAGAAGACUCAAGGUGUUAUUAUCAAAC